AGCGUAGCUGCUGGCUGAAAUAAAAUCCUGAACGGCCUUGCUUACGGGAUGAUGUGCCCCUCAGCGGCCCCGGCUGGGAUUUCCUCUGCUCCCCGCCUGCUGCCGACCCGGCCGGCCUCCCCUGGGGCAGCCGGAGUGCGAGGGAUCGGAGGAGUGCGGGAGGCUCUGUCGGAAGGGUUUGCUUGUAUGAUGAGAGGAAAGGCUGUUGGAUUCUGUUCUUCACAGCCUCCAAAAAUAGCCGUCCCCGAGAAACUUUUCACGAGGGGAGUUUUCUCUGGCAAGUGCCCCAGAUUUCUGCGGGAGAUGAGUUAGCUGCUGCUUCUUUGCCUUUUUCUGGAAGCAAAACCCGUGAUUUGCAUCCCCAAAGAUGUGUAGCAGCUAUCAACAAUGGCUUUUGCUCGCCGGAGGCCAUGAGCGGUAACAACGCGGUGUUGGCUGCCAGAAAGAACCACAUGCAAAAGACUUUUCCUUCCCAUCCACUGACCUGUGUGCACAGCUGAAAAACAGAGGAGGAACUUGGCAGGAUGAAGCCUGUCAUCGUGGUGCAUGGUGGAGCUGGCCGGAUCUUCAGAGAGCGAGAAGAGGGAUGCCGUGCUGGUGUUGUCAGAGCUGCUGUGCGAGGUUACGCUCUCCUGAAGCAGGGAGGCAGUGCCGUGGAUGCAGUUGAGGAGGCAGUACGGUCAAUGGAAGAUGAUCCUCAUUUUAAUGCAGGUUGUGGAUCUGUUCUAAAUGAAAAAGGUGAAGUAGAAAUGGAUGCCAUUAUCAUGGAUGGAAAAAAUUUAGACUCUGGAGCAGUGUCUGCAGUUAAGUGCAUAGCAAACCCAAUAAAACUUGCUCGACUUGUUAUGGAAAAGACAAAGCACAUGCUGCUGACUGACCAUGGUGCACACCUGUUUGCUCAGGCCAUGGGUAUUCCUGAAAUUCCAGGGGAGAAACUCAUAACUGAGAGAUCUCGGGAGAGAUGGAAGAAGAACCUUGAGCCAGAUUCCAACCCUGAAGAGUUUCAGAAAGACCUUGGAACAGUCGGUGCUGUUGCUAUAGACAGUGAAGGCAAUGUGGCUUGUGCAACAUCCACGGGAGGACUCUCUAAUAAAAUGAUAGGCCGUGUUGGUGACACAGCAUGCAUAGGAAGUGGAGGUUAUGCUGACAACCAUUCUGGUGCCACUUCAACCACAGGACAUGGGGAGAGCAUUAUGAAAGUGGUCUUAGCCCGACUGAUUCUCUAUCACAUGGAGCAAGGAAUGUCACCAGAGGUAGCAGCAGACACUGCGUUAGACUACAUGAAGACACGAGUUGGGGGUUUGGGAGGUGUCAUUGUUGUCAACAAGGCAGGAGAGUGGGCAGCAAGGUUCUCCACCAAGCAAAUGUCCUGGGCUACUGUAAAGGAUGACAACUUGCAUUAUGGGAUUUAUGCUGGGGAGAAGCAUAUACAGUCUGUUGAUGAAGCUCUUGCAUCUGAAAGGGCGGGAUUCUAAGAGUGAAGAAAGCUGACUGACAGAGAAGAAUGAAGAUCUCCAGGUUUUGCUGGAGGACAACGACAGUUGAUUUUGUCUUUCUGAAAGGUCUUUUGGUUCACAGGCAUUACCACAUUUAAAAUCAAAAGUCAAAACAAAAUCUGGACAUUGUUCUUUGGUGGACGUGUAUAUAUGUGUAGUCUUUUAAUACCUUUGUGAAAUCAGAUACUUCUUUUUUAGAUAAGAAAGAGAAUGGUCUGUAGGUUCCUUGGUUAGCAUGCCUUAAUCUUACAUUAAAGGGAGUCUGAGUUUCAAUAUUAGAGAAACUCCUUUCCACAUCCAUUCUCAGAGACUCCUGCCAGGAUGAUUUGAGAGAAAAACACCUAUUAAUUAAAAGCUGAAGUUUGAAAAUCCAGAGUCUUUUGAGCAGCCAUCUCAUGGUACCAGCUUGCUAAUGGUCAAUGAAAUACCACCAAAGAGCAGUGAAAAGUUGAGAUUAAAAUUGUUCUCACAGGCUUGUGGUAACUUGUCACAGGAUAUAAUGAAGUAAAGAAAGUAACUUUCUCUGGAGAAAGGAAAGGUGAUGCUAAGGAGCUCUAAUUCCAUUCACUGACAUCACAACCAAGUAGGCUAGAAUGUUUCAAACUGUAUGUGGACAGUUAACAGGAAAGGUGCUAUGGACUUAGCAUCUAGGGUAGUAAUAGAGAAGGUCAUGCUUUUAAUAAAAAUAACAGCAAGCUUUUCUAUUCAAAUGCUAAGGUGAUAGGCACCUUUUAAGUCAAAACAUGAGACAGAGAUGCUGAUUAACUGGAAAAAUAAUUAUCUGAAAGUGAUCAAAGCAAGUUGUACUAAAAUAAAUAAAACUGCCUGUUAACAA